GAGGCGCUCUUAUCGCUUCCUCCGGCUCCCAGGCGAGGAUGCUGAAGGCGUCGUGGCUGCGCGAAGAGGCGAAGGAGGGCAGGCUCCGCUCCUCCUGAUGAUAUUUAUUUAUUGAAGAGGUGGAAGAGGAUAUGAUGCUUCCUUUGGAUUUUCCCUUCCCUGAACUAGAGGUGCAAAAAUAAUAAUGCUGGAAUAGGUUUUAGAAAAGAUUGAGUGAAGAGAGCAAAGAAGGUCAAAAGGUUUACAGCAGCAAGGUCUACAGUCAUCAAACAUGUGGUGAGAGAAGUGGAGUGGACUUCAGUUCUCACCCCCAAUAACCAUCUAUGUCAGGUUUGCCUGUCCGCGCAGAAGCUGGGCUGGACGGAGCAUAAAGAUGCUGAAGGGUGCUUGGCUGCUCAGUGUCUUCACAGUGGCUGGGAUCUGGCCGACAGAGAGCCGCAAGCCUGCCAAAGACAUUUGCAGCAAGAGCCGCUGCCCUUGCGAGGAGAAGGAGAACGUGCUGAACAUUAAUUGCGAAAACAAGGGAUUUACGACCGUCAGCCUCCUCGUGCCGCCACCAUCCAAGAUCUGCCAGCUCUUCCUCAAUGGCAAUGCCUUCACUCGCCUCUACCCAAAUGAGUUUGUCAACUACUCCAACGCGGUGACCCUGCACCUGGGCAACAACGACAUGCAGGAGAUCCGAGCUGGGGCCUUUGUAGGCCUUCGGACCCUUAAGAGGCUACACCUCAACAACAACAAGCUGGAAACCCUACGAGAGGACACUUUCCUAGGCUUGGAGAGCCUGGAGUACCUUCAGGCUGACUACAACUACAUCAGCGCCAUCGAGGCUGGGGCUUUCAGCAAGCUCAACAAACUGAAAGUCUUGAUCCUGAAUGACAACCUCUUAUUGUCACUGCCCAGCAACGUAUUCCGUUUUGUCCUGCUAACUCAUUUGGACCUCAGAGGGAACAGGCUGAAGAUGAUGCCAUUUGCUGGAGUCCUGGAACACAUUGGAGGCAUCAUGGAAAUCCAGCUGGAGGAGAAUCCAUGGAACUGUACCUGUGACCUCCUGCCUCUCAAGGCUUGGCUGGACACCAUCACUGUCUUUGUAGGGGAGAUAGUCUGUGAAACCCCAUUCCGGUUGCAUGGCAAAGAUGUCACCCAACUCACAAGGCAGGAUCUUUGCCCACGAAAAAGUGCAGGUGACUCUAACCAGAAGGAGAAGCAUUCCUCCCACUCUGACACACAUGCCCAGAGAUUUCCCCCAACAACUAAUUCUGCCGUUGGUGCCACCAGAGCCCCGAAAUCCAGUCGCCCACCCAAAACAAGGAAUCGCCCGACUCCACGGGUCACAGUGUCUAAAGACAGGCAGAUCUUUGGGCCUAUCAUGGUUUACCAGACCAAGUCCCCUGUGCCACUCACUUGCCCAAAUGGCUGCGUCUGCACUUCUCAAAGUUCUGACAGUGGGUUGAAUGUCAACUGCCAAGAGAAAAAAAUUGGCAACAUCUCUGAUCUCCACCCAAGGCCCAGCAGUCCAAAGAAACUCUAUCUCACAAGUAAUUACUUGCAAACUGUCUACAAAACAGAUCUCUUGGAAUACAGCUCAUUGGAUUUGUUGCAUUUGGGAAACAACAGGAUUGCAGUGAUUCAAGAAGGUGCCUUCUCUAACCUCACCAGUUUACGCCGACUCUAUCUCAAUGGUAAUUACCUUGAGAUCCUGUACCCUUCCAUGUUUGAAGGGCUGUAUAGCCUGCAGUACCUCUAUUUAGAGUAUAACGUUAUCAAGGAUAUCCUGCCACGUACCUUUGAUGCCCUGGGGAACCUUCACCUGUUAUUUCUGAACAACAAUCUGCUGAGGUCCCUGCCUGACAAUGUGUUUGGGGGCACAACCCUGACCAGACUCAACCUGAGGAACAACCAUUUCUCAUACUUGCCAGUGCGAGGGGUCCUUGACCAGCUUUCAGCUCUGAUUCAGAUUGACCUCCAAGAAAACCCUUGGGAUUGUACCUGUGACAUCAUGGGGCUGAGGAACUGGAUUGAAAGAGUCACAGAGCAAAACAACCAGCAGCUGGGGACCCCUGUUGUUAUUAAUGAAGUCAUCUGUGACUCUCCAACCAAGCAUGCUGGAGCACAUCUCAAGACCUUGAGCAAGGAGGCCAUCUGCCCUGAGAACCCCAAUCUGUUAGAUUCUUCUUUUCUGUUGCCAAAUCUGAACACAGACAUACCACAGGCCUUCAGUAUUUUUCCCAGCUCCUAUCCAGAAAUACGUACUGAAGUCCCUCUUUCUGUCUUAAUUUUGGGCCUUCUGGUCGUGUUUAUUUUGUCUGUCUGUUUCGGGGCUGGUCUGUUUGUCUUUGUUCUCAAACGUCGCAAGAGUAUGCCAAGCGUUCCCAGCAGUGCCAACAAUCUUGACGUAAGCUCCUUCCAGUUGCAGUAUGGGUGCUACAAUAGCGAGGUGCACGAUAAAGCAGAAGGGCAUGUAUAUAAUUAUAUCCCACCUCCUGUUGGCCAGAUGUGCCAGAACCCCAUCUACAUGCAGAAAGAAGGAGACCCAGUGGCUUACUAUAGGAAUCUCCAUGAGUACAGCUACAGUAAUCUCGAGCCUAAGAAAGAGGACUCUGCCAGCCUAGCAUUUACAAUCACUGCAGCAGAAAUGCUGGAGAAACAGGGCUUUUCAAGGGAACCAGAGCUGCUGUAUCAAAACAUAGUGGAGAGGGUCAAGGAGCUGCCCAGUGGAAGCCUGGUCCAUUAUAACUUUUGCACCCUCCCCAAAAGACAGUUCACACCUUCCUAUGAGUCAAGGCGACAAAACCAGGACAGGAUAAAUAAAACAGUUUUGUACGGGACUCCCCGGAAAUAUUUUUCAGAGCAAUCCAAACCUGAACUUCCUUUAUUGCAAGAGAAACUACAGACUGAACCAGACUACCUCGAAGUUCUGGAGAAACAAACUGCCAUAAGUCAGCUGUGAAGUGGAGCCAGGGUUGGGGAAAGCUGGGCUGAGGAUUCAUUUGCUGGGGGAGAAGUCUUUUUUUAAAAAAGAGGAAGAAAGAAAUGA